AUGAGGUUGCCCAAGUACUUCUACAGAAGGGCGCGCCGGCUUCCCCUGGCUACGGCCUUAGUGGCCAUUCUAUGGAGCUUCGCUGAAGUCCUCUGGGUCCAGCGGGCUCUUAUCCAUCAAUUCAAUUCUGAGCCUGGUGCUCUGGGAGACGAGAAGAUAUACAUCACCGGGAUACACUGGAACAACGGAAAAAUCUUGCGGGAAGCAUGGAUACCAGCCCUUGUUGAGUUGGUUCAAGCUAUUGGUCGAGAUAACGUCUUUGUGAGCCUUCAUGAAAGCGGCAGCUGGGAUGACUCGAAGGGCCAAUUACGUUACCUGGAUAAAGUGCUUGCCCAACAUAAUAUCCCGAGGAGAAUUCUGCUCAAUGACACAACGCAUCUCGACGAAAUCAGCAAGCCCCCUGCUAGCUCAGGAUGGAUUAAAACGCCAGCUGGCCAGACCGAGCUACGUCGCAUACCGUACCUUGCCAACCUGCGCAACUCAGUCAUGGAACCACUGUAUGAGAUGAAGGAAGCUGGCAUUGUUUUCGACAAAGUUUUAUUCUUAAACGAUGUCGUGUUUAACACUUUGGAUGUCCGUAGACUGCUAUCAACUAGAGGAGGCAAAUAUGCGGCAGCAUGUUCGCUUGAUUUCUCAAAACCCCCAAACUUCUAUGACACCUUUGCUCUCCGAGACUCCGAAGGGCGCGAUCAACUCAUGCAGACUUGGCCGUACUUUAGAUCCCGGUUAUCCCGACGGGCGAUAAAGUACAGCCAACCUAUCCCCGUCAAGAGCUGUUGGAAUGGAGCAGUCGUGAUGGAUUCUUCUCCAUUUUACCAGGAUCCUCCGUUGAAAUUCAGAGGUAUUUCUGAUGGCCUUGCAAAGUCACACCUUGAAGGGUCGGAAUGCUGUCUGAUUCAUGCAGAUAACCCCUUGUCACACAACAAGGGUGUGUGGCUGAACCCAAAUGUGCGAGUGGGAUAUAAUACCCCUGCCUACGCAGCAGUUAAUCCCAAAAAGACGUCAUGGCUAUCAACCCUAUCUAUAGUUGAAGGUCUAUGGAAAAACCGGUUCUUGCGGUGGUUCACCACUCCAUGGUUUACGGAACAUACAGUUCGAAGACGACUAUCCCAAUACCGAAAAGAAGGCCCAAAAAACACGGAGGCUGGUUCCUUCUGCCUUAUAAACGAAAUGCAGGUGCUUGUGGCCAAUGGAUGGGCUCAUCGAUAG